AUGGCGAGCAACAGUCAAUCUCUCGAAAUCGAUCUCCAGAAACGCUCCUCCUUAGCGGUUAUGCGCCAUCUGCUGGGAGUCGAGUCCAUACCUGACGCGCCUACGCUGUUGGAACAUGCAAUGAUUCUCUGCAUCGACUGUGAGGCCUAUGAAUUCAAUCAUAACAAAGUCACCGAGGUGGGACUGGCAAUGGUCUCUUCUUCAGACUUUCGCGCCGUACAGCCCGAAUUACAAGGCCCUUUCGCUGAGAACCUGUUGAAGAAGAUCUUCUUCUACCAUUUCCGAGUCAUCGAGAACGCUCACCUGAUAAAUCGCCGCUUCUGCCCCGGGAACCCUACAAAGAAUCGCUUCGGACAAACGCGUUUCCUAACCCUCUCGCAAAUCCAGGAUGCUCUGACCUCGGCCUUCAAUUGGGAUAUCGAUCCGGAGGAUCCUGGGGUUGGUCGAUGCCCGAUUGUGCUCAUCGGACACGCUCUUCAGAACGACACGAACAUGCUGGGUAGCAUUGGGAUAGACGCGUCGAUUCUUGAUAUGGUAGUUAAGACUGUGGACACCCAAGUGCUGGCAGGCGAGGUGGGCUUGCCAUCGUACAGAGGGCAUUGGAUUGGGCUCCGGAAUCUCUGUCAUAUCCACGGCUUCUCUCCACUGGAUUCUCACACAGCUGGAAACGAUGCAGCGUACACCAUCCUUAACGCUGUUUUCCUCGCCAUGCGCAAUGAACUGUUUGUGGACGGUCUCGAGACAGCUGUGAACGGUCUCGGGACAAUUCAAGAUGUGGUGGAUUCAAUUUCUCACGAAAGCACAAUGCACAUCUAUCGAUAUGGAAGCGCAACAUUCUGUGAGGGUGCGGGAGUCAUACUCACCUUCGGGCGAAAUGCCACGUCAGACUGA